CUAAUCAGUUUAUUAUUGUGGGUCCAUUACCUCUUUACUACUAAAAGCUUUCGAAACACACUUCUGAGGUGCACGUUAGUCUAAUCUACAAACGAGUCGACAGGACAGUCAGAGCUGAUUAUUGUUACUCGCUUCCUCGUAUUGGGUGUGUGGCCACAUCUAUUGGUGGGAUGGUCACGCUGCGUGAUUUGCCUGUAGAACUGUGGCGUCCGAUACUAGCGUCGCUUGUCCGAUCACCUGGGGUUCUCUCGUCCGACCGACAAGAUCCAUUCUCGGAAGUUCGCGACAUCGUCAUAUUCUUGAACCGAGACGUGAAGACUCACUCGGCACUCCUUUUGGUCUGCAAAGUGUGGCAUAACGUUGUCACCGAGCUUACCCAUGAGCACCUCCACUUGACGUCGGCAGAGCAAGUAGCUAUCAUUGCCAAUCGCUUCGAAGAAAGUCGCAGGAAUUCAAUAAAGCACCCUCUGGGGACAUGCACUCGACGGGUCGACUUUCAACUGUCGAACCCGUCUGAUCAGUGCUUGAACGCACUUGUGCGAAUCCUGCGGUGUACGCCAAACAUCGAAAUUCUAGUCAAUAGCAACUACUACAUGGCGUUGAAUCCAACUUUCCAUAUCACACCGCCUCAGGCUCAGACGCGAACAGAAAUUAUAAAUGCCCUCAUUGAAACAUGCUCAAGCUCACUACGACGAAUAGAGUGGACGUCCAACGAAUAUCCCUCUUGGAGUGACCUGAUGCACGUGCUUCAAACGGCCACUGGCAUAACAAGCCUGACGCUCGCGAAUAUAUAUGGCAACCUCACGGAAAGACCAUCGCAUUACCUUACUCUACCCAACUUGAAAACGCUUGUUCUCGGAGAUAGUCCUUCGUUCUCGCACGCGUCGCUGGGCAACGUUCCCCUGAAUGCCUUCCUUACGAUGCUCGCCAAGUCCCCGGAGCAACUUCCAUCCCUGCAAAGGCUGGAGGGGUUUUCCCCCUUCAGUCCAGACUUCCUGCGAACCCACGGGCCAAAAGUGCGCAUUGUCCGCACCGUCGCAUUCACGCCGUUGUUAAAUGAAAUUAUCGCAACUUGUCCGAACUUGGACACUUUUGUCACUAUCUUUCCUCAUCACAUUUUGGAUCUACUAUCGCAUCCUUCGCUGAAGCGGAUUGGCAUUUUCCCCAUCAGUGAGGAUCCUGUUGGCGUCCCUCAAGCUAUUUUUAGCGCGUAUAUCAUGAAGCCGCUCGAGGAUCUCUUGUGCCAGAUUGACGAGUCCCAACUUCCGAAACUGACCCAGGUCCGGAUUCGCAAUAUUGGAACAUUAGCGAAUAUUACGGAACACCCCUUGUUUCUUCAGAGGUGGUGGAAGCGUUGGGAUUCAAGGGGUGUACGUUUCGACGAUAAGGAUGGACGACCGUUCAAUCUGGUGUCUUCAGAGAGCGAUGGUGUACACGAUAACGUGCGUCGGCCAUGAUGUGUAUCCUGAUCUGGAGCCUCGAAGUACUUUUGAACCUACUCUCCCGCAUUGCUUGGUAUAUAUCUUUCAUUCACAUGAUACCACAAUCUUGAUAUCUUGGUUUGGUAUGCUUAUAACUUGAUGAUCUUCAUAUAGAACAUACAAUUUUAGGGUAUAAAUAAUAUGUUGGUUUACUCUUGUUCGAC